AUGGCGAACGCAUCGAAUGUUUACGCCGAGUCCGGCUUCGAAGUCCAGCUCUACGUGUACGACCUGUCCAUUGGACUCGCCAAGGAACUCUCUCCCGCUCUCCUCGGAAACGAGCUGCCCGGCAUGUGGCACACCAGUAUCGUCGUCCACGGCACGGAAUACUUCUUCGGCUCCAUGGGCAUCGACAGCUGUCCGGCGGGAAGGACGGACCUCCAGGAACCGGACAAGGUCAUAAGCCUCGGUCGCUCGGAGCUGCCUCACGACGUCUUCGUAGAUUACAUUCAGCAACUGGGCGAGUACAGCUACAAGGGCAGCACGUACGACCUGCUCCGCCACAACUGCAACAACUUCUCGCAAGACGUCGCCUUGUUCCUGACCGGCAAGUCUAUUCCGCGAGAAAUCCUGGAACUCCCCGACGAGUUCCUGCGCACCCCACUGGCCAGCACGCUGGUGCCUUUCUUUGAGCGCCUCUCGAUCGUGGUCGAUAAGGCGCCGGGACUGGAUUCUCUAGGCGGACAAAAUUCGAAAAGGUAG